GCACCACGGGAUCACGCGCGCUCGAUCACUCCCACAGCCUCCGGGGAGAAGAGCGGCGUAUCCGUUUCAAACCUGUUGAGCUUACUCUGAAACUGUUUGAGAAACAGACAGUAGAUUUUGAUCGUGUCUCCGUAUACAGCGACGUUUUCUAAAACAGAACAUAACCUUCGAGCGAAAGUUCGAGUCUACAAGUGACCAACUGGCAGAUCUUGCGUACCGUGAACUCCGCCAACCAACUGACUCCUUCACAGCUGUGCGACAUAAUUUUGGACCGAUAUGGACGCGUUAAUGAAGGGGUUCUCGAAAGCCAAGGACGGGGUUGUGGCGGCGGCGGAGAUGACGAAGCAAGGAGUGACUGGAGCUGCUGAGAUGACAAAGGACGGUGUCAUCUUCGUCGGCACUAAAACCAAGGAUGGAGUGACAACAGUGGCAGAGAAGACUGUGUCUGGUGUGUCUCAGGUGGGCGGGGCUGUGGUAACCGGGGUAACAGCUGUGGCCCAUAAAACAGUGGAGGGGGCGGGGAACAUUGCCGCUGCGACCGGAUUGGUCAAGAAAGACCCGGCGAAACAGGAGGAGGAUGCUGGUUUGGAGAGUCCAGGGGAGCCGGCUGUGGAGCCUGACACUGGAGACACUGUCAAAGAGGAGUCUGACUAGAGCUGACUGCCGGUCCAGAGAUGAACGGCUGACAUAUUCCAUGUCGCUCUGCCAAGUCCUGUCGUGCCUCGCUGUGGUCCUCUAUGGAGUCUGUACCCUGUGUCCGUUUAAGAAAGUUCAUAUCAGUGUGUAUGUGUGUGAGUGGGUGGGUGUCUCUGUGUGUGAGCAUGUGUGUAUGUCUGUGUGUGUUUGUGGGUCUAUUUUUGUGUGUCUGUCUCUCGCUCUGUCUCGAGGUCAAUAGUCAACAGUGAUGUCCCCCAACUGGGUCAGAUAGUAUUCCACUUGAUCUGUGUUUGACUCAGCUUGCCUGACACAAUGCAACCAAGUCGAUCGUCACUACUAUCCUCACCCCAGGCAGUCUCAAUCAAACACUCCAGAGGAUCGGAGGUUUCCUCUAGCAGUACUACCUGACCCAGGUGUUCUAGGUCUCAAGAGCGCCCCCUGCAGACUGA